GUCCGGCGGAUUCUCGAGCGGCAGAUGGCCGCUUUGACGGCGAAGCGAGUUCACGAUGGUGUCCCAACAAGCCUUCUGGACCUUGGCUACAAUGACCUGGGCUUGGAUGACUGCUGGCAGGUGUGCGACGCCAAGGGCAACUUGUUCCAUGACCCUGACACAGGCAUGGCCAUCAUAAACACGGAGCUCUUCCCAGACAUGAAGGGCAUGGUCCAGACUGGUCAUGCGAGGGGGUUGAAGGUAGGCUUCUACUCCAACAACUGCUUCUGCAAGGAGGUCGGGCAGCCGACGCACUAUGCAGAGGACGCGAACCUCACGAUCGGAUUGGACUUCGACUCCGUGAAAAUCGAUUCGUGCGGCAACCAGCGGGACAUGACUGAGUUCGGAGGCCGGACGAUGAUGGUCGAGAACUGUGGCAACGGGCCGCCCGGCUCCGAGCCGAAGUUUGAUGCCGUCCCGUCGCCGGCGUGGGUCGAGAUGCUCAACGACACGUGCCCCUUCUCCUUCUACCGCGUCUCCAACGACAUCGCGCCGCAGUUCCUCUCGACGAUGUUCAACCUCAAUCGCCUGGUGCCCUACCUGGGAGCCGCCCCGCUCUCGCGGCCUGGCUGCUGGGCCUACCCGGACAUGCUGGAGGUGGGCGUGAGGCUGAGCGAGGCCGAGGCUCGCACGCACUUCGCCGCCUGGUGCGUCACCUCCUCGCCGCUCAUCCUCGGCUUCGACCUCGCGGACGCGCAGCAGCUGGACGCGGUCUGGCCCAUCAUUGCCAACAGGGAGGCUCUCCGGCAACAGCGCAGAGGAUAA